AUUGCGCAUUCACCUUUCACUUGUUGUAGUUAGGGUACUAAACUUUGUACUCCCACGUAUGUCGUUCCUCAACCACCAUUGAAAUUCGCCAUCAUCUCAGCGAAUCAUUGCAAAAAGAAUUUCUAAUUCUCAGCCCACUUCCUUCUCUUUUCCAUCUCCUCUUUCGGCUUUAAUUCGUUUUUUUUUCUUUUUUUUUUUUCUGGCUCUUCAACUUAUCACCUCAAUUAAUCAACAAUUGAAUAGAUCUUCAAAUUCGGCGGCUUACAGGUCCAUUAAUUUGAAAUUUUUACUAGGUUUACUGAUUUUUUUUUUUUGUUUUUUGUUUUUUGCAUUUUGCAUUUUGCAUUUUGAUUUAUUUUAUAUAAUUUUAUUUUAUUUUUUGGCUAAUUAAACCGGUUAUAACAGGUAAAGUGGCCGAAAUAUUCUUUUCGACAUAUACUCUGCUAUAGUUUAGUACCCAUUUUGCUACUUUUGAAAGGUGAGUACCUCAUUUGCAACAAGUUUGAUAGUUUAGUACUAGGUUUGUAGUUCACUCCAUGUUUGAUUGACAAUUAUCAGCACCGUUCCCACUUCCCAUUGAAGUCACGGUGUGUCCAUUUAGUCCAAUGAACAUGUAUUUUGUUCUUUUAUCCUUAACUUUACAUUUUCAUGAAUCAUAGUUGCUGCUAUACUAAGAUUGUCUCCCUUCCAAAAAAAAAAAAAAAACUAAGAUUGUCUGAUUUUUUAGUGAUACUUUUUUCUGUUAAUUAAUUUAUUAUUAUCAACUAAUCAUUCUCCUUUCAAGCUUCUUUGUACAUGUUUGACUGACCAUUUCAACGAAUAAAUUAACUUUUGCUUACUAUAGGUGAAAAUAUACUUGUAUAUACCAAAUUAAAUCACCAAAUUUGACAUCUCAACCAUGGUAAAUUGAUUACAUUGUAAAGUUAAUUAAUUAAUUGUUAUUGUCUUCUUUUUUUCCUUACAUUAUAAUUAAUUAUUUCAAUGACAUCAUGUAUUACGCACAACUUUCCCUAGAUGUGUUCUUGUAUAUUUUUACAACCACCUACUAAUUGAUGAAUUUUAUAAAUAUCGUGGAUUAACCCUUUCUAGAAUUAAAACAAGAAAUUCAAACUCGAAAAACAAUAAGAAAUGGAAGGUGUAGUUAGGAGGAUAAAGUUAGGUUCUCAGGGUUUGGAAGUUUCAGCACAAGGUCUAGGAUGUUUGGGAAUGUGUUUUUAUUUUAGACCUCGAAACUCCGAUGAAGACAUGAUUGAAGUUAUCCACCAUGCUAUCAACUCUGGCAUCACCUUCCUUGAUACUUCUGAUACGUAUGGACCUCAUACCAACGAGAUUCUCCUAGGCAAGGCACUAAAAGGAGAAUGGAGAGAAAAAGUGGAAUUGGCCACAAAAUUUGGCAUCAACAGCGCUGUUGGUGCAGACAUGGAGAUUCGGGGUGAUCCUGCAUAUGUAAGGGCUGCCUGUGAAGGAAGCUUGAAGCGGCUUGAUGUUGAUUGUAUUGAUCUCUAUUAUCAACACCGUGUUGAUACCAAUGUUCCCAUUGAAAUCACGAUGAGAGAGCUAAAGAAAUUGGUUGAAGAGGGCAAAAUCAAAUACAUUGGUUUAUCUGAGGCAUCUGCUUCGACUAUCAGAAGAGCGCAUGCAGUCCACCCGAUUACAGCAGUUCAGUUGGAAUGGUCGCUUUGGAGCAGAGAUGUGGAGGAAGAAAUAGUUCCUACCUGCAGGGAACUUGGGAUCGGAAUUGUAUCAUACAGUCCUCUAGGAAGGGGCUUUCUCUCUUCAGGGCCUAAGAUGGUAGAUAACCUUUCAAAAAAUAAGGAUUACUGGCAGCAGUUAUUUCCAAGAUUCCAUCCUGAAAAUCUUGAGCAUAACAAGCAUAUCUUUGAUCGGGUUACUGAAAUUGCGACCAAAAAAGGAUGUACCCCUGCACAACUAGCACUGGCUUGGGUCCAUCACCAAGGAGACGAUGUGUGUCCAAUCCCGGGAACCACUAAGAUUGAGAACCUGAAACAGAACAUUGGCGCGCUAUCAGUGAAACUAACACCCGAGGAUAUGAUUGAGCUAGAGCACCUUGCCUCUGAGGAUAGUGUUAAGGGUGAUCGAUAUGAAACUGGAAUGGCUACUUGGAACACCUGUGAUACUCCACCUUUAUCCUCAUGGAAAUUGGAGAACUAAAAAAAGAUGGAACAUCCUGUGCUUAGGUGCUCAUUUUGCUUGAAUUGAGACUUGAGAGUGAUGAAUUUUUUAUUUUUCUUAGUUUUAAUUCCAACUAAGAGUGUAAAUAAAAGUUAAGACAAUAUUACCUUUUCCGUUUUCAUGUUCUUUGAACUUAAUUAGGCGAGCUUUAUUUUGAUCUUUCAAUCCAUCUCGAAGAUAAAUUUUAUCUUGUUUCA